UCCCGAGUCACGUGACCGCUCACUCCAGGGAGGAGCGCGACUCGAGAGGCGAGGCGAGAGAGAGAGAGAGAAAGAGGUGUUGAGAGAGAGAGAGCGAGCCUCCGCCGAAGUGUCCAACGCGCCUGCGCACUCCGCCGUGGCUGUCAUCCGCGCAGGAAACAACAACUUGGGCGAAGGAGGGGGCGAAGAAGACUCGGACCGUUCCAUUCGGCCUGGAGUGAGGGGGGGUCUGUCACGUUCCAGGCCCCUCCACCAUUGAGCAGGUUGAAAGAAAUCUGAUUUUGGGUUGAUGUAGAAGCAGGUAUCAAGCCAGCAGGUAAAACACUGAAUAGCUAUGGCUGCUCAGCCGUCAGACCCUCCACCAAAUCCAAGUUGUAAAAUCAUGACUUUUCGGCCUACAAUGGAUGAAUUCAGGGAAUUUAACAAGUACUUGGCUUACAUGGAAUCAAAAGGUGCUCAUCGUGCAGGAUUGGCAAAGGUGAUACCUCCUAAGGAGUGGAAGCCAAGAAGAAGUUAUGAUGACAUUGAUAGUCUGAUGAUUCCUGCUCCAAUUCAACAGAUUGUUACUGGUCAGUCAGGUCUCUUCACUCAGUAUAAUAUUCAGAAAAAGCCAAUGACUGUGAAGGAGUUUCGGCACCUUGCUAACAGUGACAAGUACUGUACUCCAAGACAUUUAGAUUAUGAAGACCUAGAGCGUAAAUACUGGAAGAAUUUAACUUUUGUGGCACCAAUCUAUGGAGCAGAUAUUAAUGGAAGCAUAUAUCAUGAAAAUGUUAAGGAAUGGAAUAUUGCUCAUCUCAGUACCAUAUUGGAUGUUGUAGAAGAAGACUGUGGAAUCUCAAUUGAAGGAGUAAACACUCCAUAUCUGUAUUUUGGCAUGUGGAAAACAACAUUUGCAUGGCACACUGAAGAUAUGGAUCUCUACAGUAUUAAUUAUCUUCACUUUGGAGAACCCAAAUCCUGGUAUGCUAUCCCUCCAGAACAUGGAAAGCGACUUGAGCGACUAGCUCAAGGAUUUUUCCCAAGCAGCUCUCAAGGAUGUGAUGCUUUUCUACGCCAUAAAAUGACAUUAAUUUCUCCAUCAAUAUUGAAAAAAUACGGAAUUCCUUUUGACAAAGUCACACAGGAGGCAGGAGAGUUUAUGAUCACUUUCCCAUAUGGAUAUCAUGCAGGAUUUAAUCAUGGUUUCAACUGUGCAGAGUCAACAAAUUUUGCAACAAUAAGAUGGAUUGAUUAUGGAAAAAUAGCCAAAUUGUGUACCUGCAGGAAAGACAUGGUAACUAUAUCAAUGGAUAUCUUUGUAAGAAAAUUUCAGCCAGACAGAUACCAGCUGUGGAAACAAGGAAAGGAUUUGUACACCAUUGAUCAUACAAAGCCCACCCCUGAAACGACACCUGAGGUAAAGGCCUGGUUGCAGAGAAGAAGAAAAACAAAGAGAACAUCCAGGUGCUUCCAGCACACCCGAUCACGAUCAAAAAAGCUUAAAACUCCAGAGGACAAGAAGGUAUCAACCAUAGUAGUUGGUACAGAAAUCACAGCCACUGAAGCAACUACAGAUAGCUUCAAGGUCAAAGAAAAGCCAUCAGAAAAAGUAAAGCCAGUAAACACUGGAGUGCCUUCUGGGGAAGAACAAGACGCAAGCAGGAUGCAGAUAGAUCAGAAUUUAUUGGAUAACAAAGAGGUCUCGGGUCAUCACUCUUCAAGCUCACCUCUAAGUCAUCGUUCUGUAACUGAAAAAGUACAAAUUGAAAAUGAAGAGAAAGGAGACUCUGGCUUUGUGCACUUUUGUUCUCAGGAAUCUGCGCUGGCUUUGCUUUCAUCUGCUAGCUGUAAUCAGGAAGAUUUAAAAACUUCAACUUCUUCAAGAAAGACUCUUGAGUAUGCUUCUUCUGAAGGUGAAAGUAUAGAGAAAGAAGAAACUAGUAGUAUCUUUACAGAAGAUGAUGAUACCAGUGAUGCUGACAGCAAUGGAAAUGGCCUGGAACCUGGAGAAGUAUCACUAGUGGCAGAAGGUAAAAGAACAAAAACAUCUAAAAGCUGGCGUCAUCCGCUAAGUAAACCUCCUGCCAGGUCUCCUAUGACACUAGUUAAACAGCAGGCAAUAAGUGAUGAAGAAUUGCCAGAGGCUCUCCUAAUUGAAGAAGAGAUACAAGAGACAGAAUCCUGGGCCAAGCCUCUUGUCUACCUUUGGCAGAACAGAGUACCAAAUUUUACUGCUGAAAAGGAAUACAAUGCAGCUGUUGCUAAACUGGAACCCUAUUGUGCCAUAUGCACACUUCUCAAACCAUACUAUAAGGCUGACAGACCUAAUGAAGACAUCUAUGCUUCCUCAGAAACAAAAGAAGGAGAAAUAUUUGUUGCCAGUGAAAAGACAAAACCACUUAUUCCAGAGAUAUGUUUUAUAUAUAGUGAGGACAACACAGAAAACUACCCAUCCAAUGGCUUUAUUGAAGAAGAUGGAACAAGUCUGCUGAUAGCCUGUGCAAAAUGUUGUGUACAGGUCCAUGCAAGUUGCUAUGGUGUCCCUUCCCAUGAAAUCCAUGAUGGAUGGCUGUGUUCUCGAUGCAAAAGAGGAGCCUGGACAGCUGAAUGUUCUCUCUGUAAUUUGAGAGGCGGAGCCCUCAAGCAAACCUCUGACAAAAAGUGGGCUCAUGUCAUGUGUGCAAUUGCUAUUCCUGAAGUCAGAUUUGGUAAUGUCACAGAAAGGACACCAAUAGACACCAGUAGGAUACCUUUGCAGAGAUUAAAACUGAAGUGCAUCUUCUGCCGACAAAGGAUUAAGAAAAUAUCUGGUGCCUGCAUCCAGUGUUCUUAUGGACGUUGUCCAGCUUCUUUCCAUGUUACAUGUGCCCAUGCUGCAGGAGUACUGAUGGAACCAGAUGAUUGGCCAUAUGUUGUCUACAUCACAUGUCUCAGACACAAGAUCAGUCAAAAUGUGAAAUCAAAAGCCUUGGAAAAAGCUGUUUCAGUCGGGCAAACUGUGAUAGCAAAACACAGGAAUACACGAUACUACAGCUGCCGCGUAAUAGAAAUCACAUCUCAAGUUUUCUAUGAAGUCAUGUUUGAUGAUGGGUCUUUCAGCCGAGAUACCUUCCCUGAAGACAUUGUGAGCAGAGACUGCCUGAAGCUGGGCCCACCUGCAGAGGGAGAAGUUGUUCAAGUGAAGUGGCCGGAUGGAAAACUUUAUGGUGCAAAAUACCUUGGAACCAACAUAGCUUACAUGUACAGUGUAGAGUUUGAAGAUGGCUCUCAGAUAGCAACAAAAAGGGAAGAAAUCUACACUCUUGAUGAAGAGCUGCCCAAAAGAGUGAGAGCUCGAUUUUCUACAGCUUCCGAUAUGAGAUUUGAAGACACAUUCUAUGGAGCCGAUAUUAUCCAGGGAGAAAAGAAGAGGCAGAGGGUAUUGAGCUCCAGAUUUAAGAAUGAAUAUGUGGAUGACCCGGGCUACCGCAGCUUCCUAAAAACCUCAUUCCAGAAGAAGUGUCAGAAGGGACUAUAAAAGAAGGAAUGAACUCAUUUGUUCUUUUUCUCUUUAUGUGUGGAGGGAAUGAAACAUAUUCAGCAUGGUACAGACAAAAACAGACAGAAGAUAUUAUUUUGAUGGUCUGCUUUUAUCAAUUCAGGCAUCUAGCUUGUGGUUCAAACACGUCUUGAGGUUAUUAAGGAUUCUACCAAAAAUAUCUUAUGCUUUGUAAAGGUUUUUUUAACUUCAGGGCCCAAUUCAGGGUUAAUGUGUUAGAACUAAAGCUGGAUGUCUGAUUUCCAUCAAGGACUGAUCAAUAUCACAUUGGGAAUAAGAGGCCCUAUCAAAUAACGAAUAUAAGAACCACAUUACCACACAUGAGUAACUGCUUAGUCUUACCUCCCACUGAUAGUUACAAGAAAAGCUAUAUGGAGCUAUAUUUAGAUGGAGAUCUUUGUUCAAUUGUAAAAGGUUAUGAGUUUCAACUAUUUGUAUAUUUUCCACAAUUCUACAUUUUUGCUAUAAAAUCACAAGUAUAAAAGACACUGAGAUCUCCAGAUGCCAUUGUAACUUUUCAGGGUUUUCCACACUGUUUAUGUCUUCACAGCUUUCAAAACAUUCUGGCCAGAAUUGUGUCGUUUACCUGGGAUUUUGGGGUGUGCAUGUUAAUGAGUAACAAGCAUAUGCUUCUAAAGAAGAUUUUUGGCAUCUAUUUUAAAAAAAGAAAUCAUUAAAUUCUUGAGGGAAAACAGCAAUUUGUACAAUAAAAAGUCUUUCAUUGUGUUUGUAAAAUUAGAGUUUACAUACCUUUGCUUGGCAGGCUAGUUUUGAACUAAUGUAACAUAGUAAUAUAAUUUGGUCUUCCCUUUUUAAAUAACAGUCUGCAAAUGUAAUAGUGUUUGAAAUAAAAUGAUGCCCCUUUGCUUACUAA